ACACUUAUUCAAAUACCCCAAGAAUUUGUCCUGAAUCAAGUAUGGAGUGUGAAAGAUUUAGAGCCAAAUUAAGAAGUCUUAAUUUUAUCAACCCAGAAGAAUCAACAUCUAUAUAUAAAAGCUUAGAUGGUGAGAAUGAAUUUAGUGAACAGCUGAAAAAUUUUAGCAACCUAGCAAAGAAAGUUAGAGAAGAUUAUAUCAUGGAAGACAGUGAAACAAAAAUGACAAAGAAAGAACUCAUAAUCAGGUUGGAAUCUCUUUUUGAACUAAUGGAUAAAAAUGUUCAACGAAAGUAUCAUGGAUUUAAAUCAAAAAACAGAAGUGACUUGUUGAUUAUUUUACAAGAGGUAAGAUGUUUAUUAAAUGAAGAAAAUGAAACUGAUAAUUGUGAUUUUGUAGGAAACCCAGAGAUUAUGGAGGAAUAA